AUGAGGGUUUUAUAUCCUGUAUUGUGGAUACUGCCGAUUGCGGUUUUAACGGCAAAGUUGCCAGUGACACCCGCCGGGUUGUUGCGCAGGGUCCAGGAGGUUCCGGGUGGCCCAGCCGAUCAAACAGCAAAAUGUCGCAUCUGCAUGAUUCUCGUCGAUGGGCUGCAAAGACUUCUGGCGCAGAAUUCGACCGACGAAGAGCUGAUCGAAUUCGGCAUCAACACGUGCAAAGUUCUGAAGGCUGAGCAGACGCACGUCUGCGACACGAUCGUCCCGUCGCUUUUGCCCGAGGUGCUCUUCAUGAUGGACCACGUCAUCGUGACGCCCGAUGAGAUGUGCGCCGAUCUCGUUCAGGAUUGCGGCCACGAGACGAAUGUUUUUGACGUUCUCUGGCCGCUGAAAAUUCCGGAUGGAAAGCCGCCAGUUAAACCAUGGCCGCAAGUACAGAAGGGCAAACCAACGUUGCGAGUGCUACAUCUCUCGGAUAUCCACGUCGACCGGCAAUACCAGGAAGGCUCGGAAGCGCAGUGUGAUAGCGAGGAACAGGAUCACGUUUCGAUUUUCGGGAUGUUCGUGAUGUGCUGUCGUAAUUACCCGCCUGGUGUGACUGCCCAGGAUGGCCCAAUCAAGAAGCCGGCCGGAAAAUGGGGAACUCAAGCAAAGUGUGAUCUACCCUACCAGACCUUCAUCAGCGCCAUGUCCCAUAUUAGUCGCACAGAAAAGCUCGACUACAUCAUAAUCACCGGUGACCUGGAGGCGCACGACAUUUGGGAUUAUACCAAGGAAAAAACGGCAGCAAACAUUGCCAAUAUCACGGCCGUGCUCCGCGAAUUCUUCCCCACCACCCCAAUCUUCCAAUCGGUCGGCAAUCACGAGGGGGUACCCAGUGACGCUAUGGCUCCACAUGGAAUGGAUGAGUACGACACCCGAGGGCCACAAUGGCUCUACGCCGAGUUGGCCAAAGAUUGGGGCCCGGAAUUAGGGCCCGUACAGAGGAAUGACGUGCACUACCGCGCGUCCUGGGCCCAAUACGUGAAGCCGGGGCUGAAGCUGAUCGCGUUCAACUCGAUCUACUGCUCGCAGAAUAAUUUCUACCUCUACAUCAACCAGGUCGACCCGGACGGUACUCUCGAAUGGCUGAUCGAACAGUUAGUGGACGCCGAGCAAAAAGGAGAUAAGGUCCAUCUGUUUGCCCAUAUCCCAUCCGGAAAUGGGUAUUGCCUCAAGGGCUGGUCAUUCAACUUCUAUGAGAUUGUUAAUAGAUUUGAAUCGACCAUUGCCGCUCAAUUCUACGGCCACACCCAUGUCGAUCAGUUUGAGAUUUACUACGACCAGGCAGACUUCAAAAAACGUCCGGUGGGAGUGAAUCUCAUCACUCCGUCGUUGACCACCAACACCAACAACAACCCCGCCUACCGUAUCUACACCAUCGAUGGUGAUUACGCCGGAAGCUCCUAUACAGUCCUCGAAAUCGAGGCCUUCUAUGCCAAUCUGACAGCCGCAAAUGAAAAUGGUCAAGAGCCGGUGUGGGAGUUGGAGUAUAAGGCUACGGAGGCGUACGGUAUGAAGGACCUAUCGCCCCAAAGUUGGCACGAUCUGACCGAACGCUUUUUGACGGAUGCUCACCUAUUUGCGAAAUAUUAUCACCACUACAAUCGCUACGGGGCCCCAGGUGACUCGUGCUCUUCGAAUGCUGGUUGCCGUAAAUCGUGGGUGUGUGGAAUGAGGACGGCACGCUCGCACGACACCACAAAAUUCUGU